AUGUCUGAGUCUGCGUGUGAUCACCUCAAGAGAUUUUUAUCAGAAGUUGAUGGUAUACUUGGAAUAUUUGUUGCUGAUAAGGAUGGCGUUGUCAUCGCGAGUGCUUCUCUGGAUGACAUGCCAGACCAAGCCCGCUUACCAUAUGUGACUGCGGCAUUCAUCGUAUCUUUACAGCAAGUAAAUAAAAUGGACCUUGGGAAAAUGGAAUGGAUGAUCACUAGUUACCAAGAGAUGGUGAUAUGCCAGUUUCACUUUUCAUAUCGAUCAGCCUUUCCAUUAUUUUUGACUGUUGUCGGUUCAAGUGAAUGCAAUAUAGGAGCUAUAAUCGCACUCGAACCGUCUAUUCGUCCUUUAUUAAAUCGAUUAGCACCAGAGGCAGCAUCAAGACUACAAAAUGAAGCUAUGCUAAGUCGAACUACAAGUGGGCCUUACUUCCGAGUGUAA